GGAAAGGUCUCUUUUGGCAAGGUCUUCCUUUUGAAUAUCACCAUGGGUGGAAGUUUCUGGCCAUUAGCAUGGCAAGCUAGAACCACAGUGAAGGAUGACUUCUCAUUCCCUGUGGUGCGAAUAUUCACCGUACGUGCUCCCGUUGUAUCCACAGUGCGGUUCACAGGAAUAUCAGUUGCUGUGAAAUAGUAAUCCGUGUGCGGAUGGAGAGAUUGCGUCUUUUCAUGAACCGGAUACCUGUCGCUUAGUAGGAGCCAUUUUGUGGUCUUUACAGAUGUAAACACACAAAGGAAAUGAAACGUACGGUGAUAUCCGCGCGCUUUUUCUUCUUCUACGCGGGCGGGUGGUUGCUUACAGUAGAAGAAGAAGCGCUUCCUGUUCUAUGGGGGCGGGUGCUUACCUUGGCGGUUGCUUGCGUAGAAGAAGAAGCGCUUCCUGUUCUACCGGGAAAAAAGAUGGCGGCUGUUUACCAAAGUUGCGAGACCGAAACUUUAUGAAAAUGAAUCUUAAUAUUUAUCCAUAUAUAAAGCGCACCGGGUUAUAAGGCGCACUGUCAGCUUUUGAGAAAAUUUGUGGUUUUUAGGUGCGCCUUAUAGUGCGGAAAAUACGGUACACUAGACAAAAGUCUUGGGACACUUCAGACUAAAAGUAGACAAAAGUAUUGGGACACUUAGGACUAGCACCUGCCAAAUACGCGGGCCCGACCAACGCUGCUUGCAGCUUUAAUUAUUAUUAUUAUUUAUCUUGAGGUAUAUCAAAAAUAAUUUGAGCAAAAUGUAAUUGAAAUAUUGUCGGUGUGGCCCUCCAGCAGUGCUCAUGCGGCCCCUGGUAAAAAUGAAUUGCCCACCCCUGUUGUAGAUGAUGCUAAAAUAUGUAGAAAAUAAAGCACAUGUUAGUACAUCAGUCCAGGAAAAUGAUCAAACUACAUAAAUAACAUCCUGUAAUUUCAUUUUGAUAUUAUUUUUUCAUCUUGAUAGAUUGAAAAUGAACAGCAAUGACGGCAGAAUGUAUAUUGAUUAUUGCUGGUUUUGUUGAUAAUGAAAAGGUGUGAUUUGUUGGGAGCCACAGGGGCCACACCGUCUUUAUUGUUUCUAACAUCUUUAUUAAAAGCUUGUAACACUUUCACAUAUAUCAGAAAACAACAACAUUUGUGUGCACUUCUUGUGUGUUGAUGCUCCAAGUAUGGAGUCAUUAGGAGUCAUUAGUUGAGGAGCUGAAUGAGAAUGGCUGCUCGGGCCCUUGGGGGCCCCUCAUUAUGCACGCGCCUUAAAAGAAAGCCGCGGGGGGGGUGAAAGCAAAAUGGGGGCAGGAUUCAAGUUCUUUGUGUGCAUUGUGAGUGAGGAUAUAAAGCAAGUGGACACAAGCCGCGUGUUGGGACUCAAACACAAACACCAACAUGGCCUGGAUGCUUCUAGUAUGUUCCCUGGCGGUCUUCACUACAAACUCCAUCGGGGGGCUUUGCCGCGCACUGGGCGCGCACGGAUCCAAGGACGAGUCCUGGGCUUUACGUGCGGACGCGCUCAUGCACCGGGACCACCGGGACCACCAGGACCACCGAGAGCGCUGCGCGGAUCUGACGGCCAAUUGGCUGCACAACUCACGGGUCCAAGCAGCGGAUAAGUCCACCGUGCUGCACCUCAGCGUCCGGCCGGCGUCUGCUGGAGCGUCCCGGGGCUCGGUGUUCCCGGAGCAGCCGCUGUUCAGCUUGGUGCGGCGGGUGUAUCGCUGCUGUCAGGAGGCCGGAGAGUGCAGGAGCGUCAGAGGCCUGCAGGGAGGAUUCCUCGCUGGAGGUCCAGACGUGGAGUUUCUCCUCAGCAGAGAUGUUUUGUUUCUGAGCGUGAGAAGAGUCGAGCUUCACCUGCAGCUUUCUAACCCGCAACACGUCAACAUCCAGCCUGUGCUUCCUCUCCUGGCCAACAAGAAGCUUCCUACAAGGUUCAUCUCAAGGUCGCAGGGGGACACCACGGAGCUGAGAGUGGAUCUGCUCUUCUUCUUCCAGCGCCUCCAAGCGGCGGCGGCGGGCGGGCCAGGAGGAGGCCGCGGCCUGGCCAAGAUGAUGCUUCCUUCGCCGCGACACCAGCUGCAGGACGACCAGCAGCACGGCGUGUGGGGCGAGAUGGGCGUGGCUUUAGGCUGCAGCCGGGAGGGCGUACCUGUCACCUGCCAAAGUGGUCAAGUGCGCCUCCUGCACUCGCCUUUCCUGGCCGUCUACUACCGAUGAUGGACGACAACACUUUCAUCACGCUCAAUCACGCACUUCCAAAGCAAAUUUAUUAACUUAUAAAUGUAAACAUUAUAUAAAU